AUGGAUGACGCGAAACCCGCACCGCCUUCCACGGCGGUGUGCACGCAUCGGCUGGUCGUGAGCAGCCCCAGCAAGGACGGCCACGCCAGCCCCGGCUCGCCCGAGGUGAUGUCGGUGCUGGGCGGCAAGGCAUCGUGCCGGCGGAAGUUCGUCCUGCACGUGCAACUCACGGACGACCAGGGUAACCCGGUGAGCAAGGACCUUGCUGUUACGGCCUCGCUCACCUAUUCGCACGACUGCAGUGCGGUGAAGCUGGAGGAGGGGCAGGCGAUGGUGGAGCCACCGCUCUUCACCACUUUCAAUGGCGUCGAGUUCCCAGCCCACCUCCGCCCCUCACAAAUGCUCGCAGGCCGCGCCACGUUCAAGCUGGCGCUGUCGGUGCUGUCAUCCAAGUGUGACAACCGCCUCUUCGCCGUGUGCUUCACAGCCGCCACGCCCCUCAACGCGCCCACCCCCCUCAACGCCGACGGCUCGCCGCUGCUCGUUGCCCCUGGCUACUCACGAGCCAUCCGCAGCAUCUCUCGCAAGCGGUCCCGCAACGCCAGCUCCAGCGCCACCCCUUCCGGCAGAGGCGGGGGCAAUGGCAAUGCGAGCAGCAGCAGUGCGAGCCACGGCAGUGCGGGGCAGGGGGGACAGGGAACUCACGGGGGAGUGGCGCACUCCCCCUCCCCCCGGGCGGCAGCAGCAGCAGCGGCCAUGCCGUCACCAUCACCACGAGCGUUUUCCACGUCAGCACCAUCGCCAACUGGCACUGUGGGGUCAACGAGUGCCAUGUCAGCACACGGCUCACCCGCCAUUGCUGAACGACCCUCCCCCUCCCUGCCACCCGGCUCCUCCCCCUCCAUCGCACCCCGGCCCCCCUCAGCUGCGCCCUCCCCUGCCCCAUCGCCUGCCCCAGUUGCGCCCGCCCCAGCUGCACCCGCUCCUGCCCCAUCGCCCUCCCUGGACUCGUCCAUGGCAGGCAGCAGUGGCUGCCACGUCAGCAGCGAGCAGAUGAUGAGUCAGGGGGCCACGUGGAGCACUGGCACUACAGAUGCUCGCCCUGCUCCCACGCUCGCCCCUCCUGCGCCUCCUGCCCCUUCUCCUCUCUAUGCUCCUGCUCCUCCUCCUCCUCCCGCCCCUCCUCUCCCUGCGUCUGCGUCUGCCUGUGACCCACCAGCGCACCCCCCUGGUUCCUUCUCCCACUACCUCACCACGCCACUCGUCUUCCCCUCCUCCUCCUCCCGGCUCCUCUCCACGCCCCACCACGCUCUGCCGCCCAAGACUUUGAGCUACAGCCAGAGCUACAGCGCCUGCUACAGCCGCCCUCCUGCUGACGCCUAUGCAGCCCCAAGCAUGCCGGGGCCUGGAUGUGGGGUGGGGGAGAGAGGGGAGGAGGCAGCAGCAACAUAUGGGGAAGCGAGUGCAACGGUAGGUGGUGCUUGGCAGAGUCUUUUCCACUCCCCCACCCCACCACGCCUCCUUCCUCUCUCUCCCCACCACGCCUCCUUCCUCUCUCUCCCCACCACGCCUCCUUCCUCUCUCUCCCCACCACGCCUCCUUCCUCUCUCUCCCCACCACGCCUCCUUCCUCUCUCUCCCCACCACGCCUCCUCCUCUCUCUCCCCUGUACUGCCAUCCCUCCAGCUUUCCUCUCUGUUACGCCACCUCAUGUGCUUCUUCCUUCAUCAAAACCCAUGCUCUUCAUCUCUCCUUCCUUCCCUCAUCGUGCCUUCUGCUCCCUCGUUCCCCCCACCCGUCCCCCAUCGCGGCCACUGCAGCGGACCCACUAUUCGGGCCACUCAUGAGCCCCUUCUCGCUCUCGCCCGGCCCUGGCCUGCCCGCCAUGCCGCUGCUCGACCCCUUCAAGCUCUUCCCCCCCGCUGCCGCCGCCACCAUCACCCCUGCUGCCGUCACUCUCGCCGCUGCCGCCGCCGCUGCUGCUGCUGCUGCUACUGCUGCCGCUGCUGCUGUCGCCGGUGCAGGGGCGGGGGGGGGUUCAGGCCCGGUGGGUGCAUCCGGGGGGGGAUUUGCAGCAGAAGAGAUGUGUGCGGCGGCCCCUCUCUCCUUCCCCCUGCCCCCGCCCUUCCCCCUACCUCCGCCCUUUCCCCCCCCGCCUGCCCUGCCCCUCGCAGCCUCCUUUGGCCUGCCUGACUCCCCCGGCACCCAGGCCGCCCUGGAGCAGUGCGCCUGCUCUCCCCUGCUGGGGGGCGGGGCGCACGGGGGCGGAGGAGAAGGGAAGGAAGGGGAGGGAGGUGGAGAGGAGGAGGGGUGGAUAGAAGGUGCAAGGGAGGACGACACUGGGGAGAGGAACAACGACAGUGGGGCGGUGGUGGGAGAGGGAGGGAGGGCGGGCGACCCGCAUGGUGCUGCUGAUGCAGCAACUUUCAUUGAUGCUUCCCCAGAUAAGACCUUCCCUGCUUACGCCUCGCCUCCGGAUAAAGCCUCCCCCUACUCCCUGCCCCUGCAUGCCUCCUCCUUUUGCUCCCCAGCCCAGGACUCCCCCUGCCAGGCCUCUAACUCCUCCACCCCCUCCGGGCCCCACACUCGCCAGGAGGGCAGGGCGGAGAGGGGCGAGGGCAGAGGGCGGCGGGCGCUGUUCUCUGGGGGGCAGAGGCAGCCGUCCCGGCUGGGGGAGAGGGGCAGGCGGAGUGCAGAACGGGGGGAAGAGGGCGUGGGAGGCGUGGUGGAGGGCAGCAAGGGGGCGAGUGAGAGUGAGAGUGGGGAGGAAAAGGGACCGCCUGCAGCAGCAGCACGGCCAGCAAGGGCAUCGGCACUCGGUGGUCCAAGCAGCAGCGCGCCGACAGCCUCCCACAGCAUGUCCCCCCGCGGAGGCAGCAGGGCGAGGGCCAUGUGUGCGGGGGUGAAGGGGCGCGCGUCACACCUCAAGGGCCUCACCAUUAAAGCCCCUCCCCGCCCCUCCCUGCGCACCAACCAGCCCCUCUCCGCCUUCUCCCCCUACCGCUCCCCCCGCUCCUGCACCAUCUCCCCCUCCUCCCGCGGCCCCAACCUCUCCCCUCUCCCCCGCACCGCCUCCCCCCGCACCAUGUCCCCCCGCCUGCUCUCCCCUGGAAUGCUCUCCCCCCUCGGCCGUGUCCUCGCUCACUUCGGCAGCCCCAGGGGGGCCAUGGGGGCCGCCUUGUGGGGGGAGGGCGCAGGGGCAGGGGGGAGGGUUUGGGGGAAGGAGGGAUUGGGGAUGGACGUGAAGGGGGAGUGGGGCAAGGAGAGCAGCAGUCUGUGA